AUGAGCGCCCACUACCAACGAGCAACAACGGAUCGCGACUGCCCUCCACCCACGGACACGGAUGGCAAUGAGCACCCACCGUCAUCACCGCUACGCAGGCUUCUGGCGGCCCCUCUUCCCCCAGCACAAAUCGACGUCGGACGCGCGUGGGGGUUGGCAAUGCGAGAGUGGAGUGGUGGAUACAACAUGGCGACGAGCGCCCAUCACCAGUAUCAACACAUCAACAACCCAGCCGAUUUGUUGUUUGUCGUCAUUGGACCGACAACACGAUGGCGGAUGACCAACGUGAUGGACAACACGACGACGACACGGGACGACGUCACCGGACAAUGUCGAUGUGACAACAACCCGCAAGACAGUUAUGCGGCGACGACUCAGAAUGACAACAACGCGACCACGACCCCGGACAAUGACGACGCCACUACGUCCCGGGACGACAACCACACAGCGACAGUCCAGGCCGACAUGCAACCACAUCAAGAACGAGGCCACCCAUGGACGGCGAUGUUCAUUGAUGACAACGGAACCACAACUACGAGGGGCGAGGGACUAGCGCGAAGCAAAGGCCACAACAACGGACGACAGCCCAGGGCCACGGACAAUGACAGUACGAUGGGUAGACAAUACCACUUUUGGCUGCAUGGGAAUCUCGGUGAGAGCGUGUUUUUUAUAAGGCAUAGGGCUACAGCCAGGGGUGACCUCUCAUCACUUCUCUCGGCGACUCAUGAGGCUGUGAUGGAUGUUGCUCGUCCUCGUGGUAACCGGGAAGAACAAGAAUGGGUGUACGCGAACUAUUCCGCCAUCGUCCAGUCCUCUGGCAUGGGAAAAUCACGAACAGUGGACGAGCUGGCAAAGACCUCCGUUGUAAUUACCAUGAAUCUUCGUGGAACGAAAACAACUGGUUGUCCAUGUGCAGACGACCAAGUCAGAGAUUAUUUAACGAUGGUGGCAUCCAAGAACGAAGCCUUCGAUUGUGCUGACACUUUUUUCGAAGCGUUAUUCCACCACACCUUUCAAACCCUUCAGCGGGGGUGUCAAGGCCUGGAUUACAGCCAGGUCGCAAAUGAAUUUAGGAAGUGCAUGUCUGAGGGUCAGAUGAUGAAAUUGCACAACCAAUAUCACACAAAAUUUUUUGAUGAAGUGGUUCGCGAGGCAUCUCGUAUACGUAUAAAAAGGGGUCGACAGCCCCAGACAACAUCUGCAGAGCCCCCACUGAUGACUGAGACGUCGUCCCUCUCCCAACCUUCUACUCCUGCCAACCAAGCUCUAAAGUUGCUCACUGAUUUUUUGGGCAUGCUACCAGAAGGAAAGCGGGAAAAGGAGGCUCCUGUACUAAUUCUCGCCUUUGACAAAGCACACAUCAUUGCAGAAUGGAAGAAGAGUUCUGAUGGUGAACAGUGGUCUGUCUUUCACCAAGUGCAACAGCUUCUCCGAUCAUUUCGCCACCUUCCAAUAUUCUCAUUGUUUUUGUCAACAACUGGGAAAAUCUCUCAGUUUACAUCAGCGGCUGAGGAGGAUCCUUCAAAACGAAUCAUCAACGGUGAUUUGGUUCCUGGUCAGCCACUCACAGACCUGGGAUUUGACCCCUUCGCUCACAAAAUCAGCUUGAAUGGUGACUGGGAUCUCAAGAAAUUGACCCACGAUGAACAUAUCUGCUCCAUGGGUCGGCCCCUAUUUGCGACCUGA